AUGUCAGAACCACCUACAAAAAUCCCAGGGGAAUACACUGAAGACGCACCGACUCUCCAAACUUUCUCCCUUGAAAACAUUCUCGGCGAGCACCAUGACAAGAUAGAGCAUCCUGGUGUGGAGCUGAGCAAUGGAGGCUCCACUGCUACUGGAUGGGACCAGGAAGUCAUCGAAGAGCCUGUUGUGGAAGGUUUCUGUGUUGAAUGUGAAGACCAGCCUGCGGACGUUGUGUGCGAGACCUGCGCAGAUGCUUAUUGUGAAGUUUGCUUUGCGGCGCAACAUCGAAAGGGAUCAAGGAAGAAACAUACCUCUAAACCUCUAGAUGCACAAAAAAAAGCUAAAACGAACGGCACUUCAAACGGGGUCAAGGCGGAUGCAAUGAACGUCGAUGGUGCUGUGGAAGAUGGAGACUCAGAUGACGAUGACUGGGAACGUGUUGUUCCGGGGCCCUCUAUUGAAGUACUUGGCGCCCAACCCGCUAUCGGUGCAACAGUGGGCGAGUGGUUCGUCGAACGCUCGAGGUUUAUCCCAUUGCGCCUAACCAUCAGCGAACGAAAAUAUCUUCGUUUGCUCGAGGCUGCACUCACCGUCUCAGACUAUACCGAUAAAAUCGACACAAUCGGGUUCGGGCUGUCCAAAGCCAAACGCAUUGUGCACCAGAUACGAGAGCUGUGUGCUAUAAUGUCGGGCCUGCUUCUCUCGGCGGAUUACAAACGAGGUCAAGAGCUCUUUUCGGAUAGGGAUUUCCAAGCGAAUGCAAACUUUUAUCAACAGAUUUUCGAACUUGGACGCAGACAUAAAAUCAUGAAUCCAGACAAGAUGCGUACUACAUACGGAAAGCUCAUUUAUCUUCUCCAGGACAGCCAAACGCCAGAAGUCAAGGACCUUUUGAGUUUCUCAUGCGUGACGUCUAUCAAGACUGUUUACUCCGUUUUGGAGGAGCAUGACGCCAUCGAUCUGCUGAGGGACGACCUCAUAACGAUUGCCACAAAAGAAAUCUAUUCCGAGGGCCGCUCCCGCCGAGACGUGCAAAAAGACAUCAAAAGCAAAGAGCGUGCCAUUGAGGUUCUUUCCUCAAAAUAUCAACGGAAAGAUCUACCUCAGGAGCAGGUUCGGCAAUGCCUCUACUCUAUUGGCGACAAUCACGCUUUCUUGCGAGCAAACCGCGAUCCGUGUGAACGAAUGAUCACACAUUUGAAGGAGCAUUUCCAUCCUACCCAAGCAAAGGACGCUCACUCGAGCCUUGCAAUUCGGAGUGGGAAGGGUGGUGCGAGAUUGUCCCAUGACCAUAGUAAGCAGUAUGCAUAUGUCCUCCAAAGCCUCACCCUCUGGCGCGAGAUCCUACACGACAUGUUCCACUUGUGGUCAUUGGCUGAACAAGACCUCCUCGCUGAAAAUGUCCCCUACCGCCUGCGGGAUACCGGCCAGGGUCUCAACCGCGUUCAAGCGGCACCGAAGACGUCACGCAUGAUGCACACCAUCUUACACAACGCACAAAAGAGCGUGGGCACCUGGAUUGGCUCGAGUGUCAUCCACAUGGGCGACCAUAACGUACCCAAUGCGUUGCUGUUCAUCGACAAGUACACGCAAAUUUACCGGAUCCUGCUCCCGAUCUGCAACACCUUGUCGCAAAUACCUUCACUUGCAGCCAAGCCCGCGCUACGAUCAUACAUUGACGACGAGUUUGGGUCAGUGGACAAUUUGAUACAGGAGAUUCUGGGUGAUUUCUUCCGUCACGGAUUCGAUGGAUCUGGUGCCGACAACUUUUUCGACGCUGGGAGCUGUAUAGAUGGUAGACUGACGAGCGCAUGGAACUGGUGUUCAUCUCUCGAGAAGAAGCGGUACUUCCCUGUGUUUUUACUGACUGGAUUCGUUGGCUUUGACGGAGAAUGGUGAUCGAUAGACAGCAUUAUAGACACUUCAGCACAUACAGCACAUAGAUCAGGUAUCAUGAUCCUUUUCGGAACC